UACCAAAGUAUGCCAAAGCUGUUGGACGGUUAAGAAUCAAUCAAAUAAAGUACAUACAAAAAAACCUUAAUAUAGUUGAAUUUUUUUUGUAAGCAAAUUUAUUUCUAAAUAUUGUUGAAUUUAUGUGCAAACAUUAAAUUCAUUGGCAAACCAAAAGAAACUUGAUUGGUGAAAGUUUAAAUUAAACAUACCAAUUGUAAACAAGAAAAUUAUAGAAAAAUUAGUGAAAAUGAAAAUGGUUGAUUCAGACAUGGUGGAAUCUGUGACAUGCAAUGAUGAAUGUGUUGACAAAAAUGCAUUGGAAUUACCGCAUCAACAUAAAUCAAGUGACAUUCAGGAUCUGUUGAAAGCACACAACGAAGAACCGAGAUUAAAGCCACAAAUUCGUUUGCCUGGGAUCUCCGAAAUUUUUCCAUCGUUAUAUUUAUGCGGUGCCGGUGUGGCAAUUCCAGUAUUUUUAGAAAAAAUUGGUAUAACAUGUGUGAUAAAUGCAGCGCCAGAAUUACCUAAUACGCCAUUGCCAUUGGACGCCAAUGGCUCAACGCCAGUGUAUCUUCAAGUUCCCGUAUUGGAUAAAAGUGAUAUUAAUAUUGCCGAAUAUUUCGACCAAGUAUCCGAUCUCAUCGAACGUACUCGGCAAACAAAUGGAAAAACCAUGGUGCAUUGCAUAGCAGGUGUAAGUCGAUCGGCAACAUUAGUCUUAGCAUAUUUAAUGAAAUACAUGAAUAUUUCACUCAAAGAUGCAUACGAAUUUGUUCGAGCAGCUAGGCCACAGAUUCGACCGAACACAUCAUUUGUACGACAGUUAAUUGCUUAUGAGGAAAAACUAUUUAAAAAGACUACCGUCGCAAUGAUAUUUAAAGAAUCACUUGGAUGCGAAGUUCCCGACAUCUAUGAGACGGAGUAUAAAGCUUUGGAAAUAUUUUACAAGAAGCACCGCCACCUAAAGCUACGAUAAACUUUCAUUUUUUUAUAUUUACACACAUAUUUCAAAUGAAAAGCAACUUAUAGUGAUACAAAUACUAAUAUUAUCAUGUAUUUUUUAGUUUUAACUUAUUUUUUCAAUAAAUAAAUAAUAAAUGAACAUGAGAAUGGU